GGAGGAGGCCGGGUGUUUCCUGGCGCAUUCCCGGCCCGCCCGAGUGACUCACUCGGCCAGGAAACUCCCAGGGCCCGCCCGGGACCCCCGAGCAGCCCCCGCGGAGCCAGGCCAGGAUGGCAGCCCAGGUGACGCUGGAGGACGCACUGUCUAACGUGGACCUCUUGGAAGAGCUGCCUCUGCCUGACCAGCAGCCCUGCAUCGAGCCCCCACCAUCCUCACUGCUCUACCAGCCAAAUUUCAACACUAAUUUUGAAGACAGAAAUGCAUUUGUUACCGGCAUUGCAAGAUACAUUGAACAAGCAACUGUCCAUUCUAGCAUGAAUGAGAUGCUGGAGGAAGGCCAAGAAUACGCUGUCAUGCUGUACACCUGGAGAAGCUGCUCUCGGGCCAUCCCACAGGUGAAAUGUAACGAACAGCCUAACAGAGUUGAAAUUUAUGAGAAAACCGUGGAGGUCCUUGAGCCUGAGGUCACGAAACUGAUGAAUUUUAUGUACUUCCAGAGAAAUGCCAUUGAGCGUUUUUGUGGGGAGGUGAGGCGCCUGUGCCAUGCGGAGAGAAGGAAGGACUUCGUGUCCGAAGCCUACCUGAUCACCCUGGGCAAGUUCAUCAACAUGUUUGCUGUGCUGGACGAGCUGAAGAACAUGAAGUGCAGUGUGAAGAAUGACCACUCAGCCUACAAGAGGGCUGCUCAGUUUUUACGUAAAAUGGCAGAUCCACAGUCCAUCCAGGAAUCACAGAAUCUGUCCAUGUUCCUGGCCAACCACAACAAGAUCACACAAUCUCUGCAGCAGCAGCUGGAAGUGAUUUCUGGUUAUGAAGAGCUCCUAGCAGACAUUGUGAAUCUCUGUGUGGAUUACUAUGAAAAUAGAAUGUACCUGACGCCCAGUGAGAAACACAUGCUUCUCAAAGUCAUGGGGUUUGGUCUAUAUUUGAUGGAUGGAAGUGUCAGCAACAUUUAUAAACUAGAUGCCAAGAAAAGAAUAAACUUAUCCAAAAUCGACAAAUACUUCAAGCAGCUGCAGGUGGUUCCGCUGUUUGGAGACAUGCAAAUAGAACUGGCAAGAUACAUCAAGACCAGCGCCCACUAUGAGGAAAAUAAAUCUCGAUGGACCUGCACGUCCUCCAGCAGCAGCCCACAGUAUAACAUCUGCGAGCAGAUGGUCCAGAUCCGGGAGGACCAUAUGCGCUUCAUCUCAGAGCUGGCACGCUACAGCAAUAGUGAGGUGGUCACGGGCUCAGGCCGCCAGGAGGCUCAGAAGACGGACGCUGAAUACCGGAAGCUCUUUGACUUGGCUCUUCAAGGUCUUCAGCUGCUGUCCCAGUGGAGUGCUCAUGUGAUGGAAGUGUAUUCAUGGAAACUUGUGCACCCAACGGACAAGUACUCUAACAAGGACUGCCCUGACAAUGCUGAGGAGUAUGAGCGUGCCACCCGCUACAACUACACCAGUGAGGAGAAGUUUGCCCUGGUGGAGGUGAUCGCCAUGAUCAAAGGCCUGCAGGUGCUGAUGGGCAGGAUGGAGAGUGUGUUCAACCAUGCCAUCCGCCACACUGUCUAUGCUGCACUACAGGACUUCUCCCAGGUCACCCUCAGGGAGCCACUCAGGCAGGCCAUCAAGAAGAAGAAGAAUGUCAUCCAGAGUGUCCUGCAGGCCAUCAGGAAGACUGUGUGUGACUGGGAGACAGGGCAUGAGCCCUUCAACGACCCAGCCCUGCGGGGCGAGAAGGACCCAAAAAGUGGCUUCGACAUUAAAGUGCCGCGGCGCGCUGUAGGACCCUCCAGCACCCAGCUUUACAUGGUGAGAACCAUGCUAGAGUCCCUCAUUGCAGACAAAAGUGGUUCCAAGAAAACCUUGAGAAGUAGCCUUGAGGGGCCCACCAUAUUGGACAUAGAAAAAUUUCAUCGAGAGUCAUUCUUCUACACCCACUUGAUAAAUUUCAGUGAGACGCUCCAGCAGUGCUGUGACCUUUCGCAGUUGUGGUUCCGAGAGUUCUUUCUGGAGUUGACAAUGGGCAGAAGGAUUCAAUUCCCUAUUGAGAUGUCCAUGCCUUGGAUCCUGACAGACCACAUCUUGGAAACCAAAGAAGCAUCAAUGAUGGAGUACGUCCUCUAUUCACUGGACCUAUACAAUGAUAGCGCCCACUACGCCCUCACCAGGUUCAACAAGCAGUUUCUCUAUGAUGAAAUUGAGGCGGAGGUGAAUCUCUGUUUUGACCAAUUUGUUUACAAGCUGGCAGACCAGAUAUUUGCAUAUUAUAAAGUUAUGGCAGGAAGUUUGCUUCUUGAUAAACGGUUACGAUCAGAAUGCAAGAAUCAGGGCGCAACCAUCCAUCUCCCGCCAUCCAACCGCUAUGAGACACUGCUCAAGCAGAGGCACGUGCAGCUUCUGGGCAGGUCCAUCGACCUCAAUCGUCUGAUUACCCAGCGCGUCUCUGCUGCCAUGUACAAGUCCCUGGAACUGGCAAUUGGGCGAUUUGAGAGUGAAGAUCUGACAUCAAUAGUUGAGCUGGAUGGGCUCUUAGAAAUCAACCGCAUGACACACAAACUGCUGAGCAAGUUCCUGACUCUGGACAGCUUUGACGCCAUGUUCCGGGAGGCCAACCACAACGUGUCUGCGCCCUACGGGAGGAUCACCCUCCAUGUCUUCUGGGAGCUCAACUAUGACUUCCUGCCCAACUACUGCUACAACGGCUCCACCAACCGAUUUGUUCGGACAGUAUUACCAUUUUCUCAAGAAUUUCAAAGAGAUAAACAGCCAAAUGCACAACCUCAGUAUUUGCAUGGGUCAAAGGCUUUAAACCUGGCCUAUUCGAGCAUCUAUGGGAGCUACCGGAACUUUGUGGGGCCCCCGCACUUCCAGGUCAUUUGCCGGCUGCUUGGCUACCAGGGCAUUGCAGUGGUCAUGGAAGAGCUGCUGAAGGUGGUCAAGAGCCUGCUGCAAGGCACAAUCCUACAGUAUGUGAAGACGCUGAUGGAAGUGAUGCCCAAGGUCUGCCGGCUGCCGCGACAUGAGUACGGCUCCCCGGGCAUCCUGGAGUUCUUCCACCACCAGCUAAAGGACAUAGUUGAGUAUGCGGAGCUGAAAACGGUGUGCUUCCAGAACCUGCGGGAGGUGGGCAACGCUGUGCUCUUCUGCCUGCUCAUAGAGCAGAGCCUGUCUCUAGAAGAAGUGUGUGACCUGCUGCAUGCAGCCCCUUUCCAGAACAUCUUGCCAAGGGUCCAUGUGAAAGAGGGAGAGAGACUUGAUGCCAAAAUGAAAAGGCUAGAAUCAAAGUACGCCCCACUGCACCUCGUCCCUCUGAUCGAAAGACUGGGAACUCCACAGCAAAUUGCAAUAGCAAGAGAGGGGGACCUGCUGACAAAGGAGCGUCUCUGCUGUGGCCUGUCCAUGUUUGAAGUCAUCCUGACUCGGAUCCGGACCUUUCUGGACGACUCCAUUUGGCGUGGGCCUCUGCCCAGCAAUGGGGUCAUGCAUGUAGAUGACUGUGUUGAGUUUCACAGACUGUGGAGUGCCAUGCAGUUUGUCUACUGCAUUCCUGUGGGAACACAUGAGUUUACAGUCGAGCAGUGCUUUGGCGAUGGGCUCCACUGGGCUGGCUGCAUGAUCAUUGCGCUGCUUGGGCAGCAGCGCCGCUUUGCUGUGCUGGAUUUCUGCUACCAUCUGCUCAAAGUCCAGAAACAUGAUGGCAAAGACGAAAUCAUCAAAAAUGUGCCUUUGAAGAAGAUGGUGGAAAGAAUUCGCAAGUUCCAGAUUCUAAAUGAUGAGAUAAUCACUAUCUUGGACAAGUACUUGAAGUCAGGUGAUGGAGAGAGCACACCUGUGGAGCACGUCCGCUGCUUUCAGCCACCUAUCCACCAGUCCCUGGCCAGCAGCUGAGGGAGUGUCUAUCACCUGUUUUUGAAGAGUUCCAGUACUGACUGCAUUUAAGAUCUAGACGGGCAUGUUUUUCUUUCCAUAAACUAUUUAGUGGGAUUUGGGGGAACUAUUUUUCAGUAUCUCUGUGCCUGUUAAAAUAAGGGGGUGCUUUUCAAUCUAAAAGCUUGAUUUUAUAAAAUUGACUUAUUUUUCUACACUAAAAUUGUAUAUACUUUUGGUAAUUAGAAAAUCUAAGAAUGUUGACUGCAGAUUGUUGCCAUCAUGUUCUUACAAAAUCAUUUUCCAUUUUUUUGCGGAAUGUUCCAACAGCUAGCUAUGUCAUGAAGUGCUGCUGAGUUCAUCCAUUUAUCCUGUAACAUUUAAGGAAAGAUCUGUGAAUUUAAGCAAGAAACUUAAUACCAGCUAAUUGUAAUAAAACCCAUUACCAAUUAGAAUUAAACUUAAUGAUUAGCUUUUGUUGAGAUUUUUUUCUGGUUUUUUAAUGAAAACCUUUUCUAAGUCAUUUCCCUUUCCCUUUUUGUGUCUUUCAAAAAAUAGUGAACUUGAUUUCUCUGUUUCUACUAAAUCCAGCUGUAACAAAAUCUAGUUUGUGACAGGAUUUAAAGGUUACAGAAAUAAAAAUAAUGG